AUGCGGGCUGCAUACGAAGGCAUAGGCGGCGCAGGGGGUGUGGUGAGUGCUGCAGAAGAUCUUGGUGUCCAGGGAGGCCCCAGUGUCCAAGGUGGCCCUGGUGGUCCCAAUGGCCAGGCUGGUCCGGGCGUCCCCGACAUUCAGGGUGGGCCCAACGGCCAGGGUGGUCCUGGCGGACCUGGUGGUCUCCAAGGCCUCUGCGGAGGAAGAGGGGAGGGCGCCAUGGCUGGAGGUGCCCCCCAGGCACCACCUGUCGCAGGGCUGGGUGAAGAAGCAGCGCCCGCGGCUGGAGGACCAGGAAGCCGGCUACUCAAGUUCAACCUCUCCGUGCCUUUCCGAUCCCCACUGGAGGCGGAGAUGGCGCGAAGGUCCCUGAUCUCCGAUGUCCACCACCAAGGGCAAAUGGUUCAGAAGGAGCUCACCGUGACGGGCAGUGUCCUGGUUGUGGGAUGGACUGCCGAAGACCCCGUUGUCUUCCGAAUCUCCAUCAAUUCCUUCCUCGACCGGCUUUCCCUGGUGAUGCGGAACAUUGAACGCAUUGGGUUUCCGUUUCCACUAAGCCUUGGCCGGGAAAAGGGGUCUGAGGCUUAA